CUUACGAACGAUCGCCAAAGCUUAGCGAUGCCAUGGCUUAGCUGAAUCCAGCGCCAUGGGUGCAGCAGCCUCAGAAGUGCCUUCCACAGAGGCUUCGUGCGCUUGCGACAAGUCGGCAGGGGAGAAGGUGAUCAUCCAAGCGAUCCCGGCUAGUUGCUGCACGAACAUUCAGUCCGCCAAUGAGGACUCCAAGGGCGUGCUCAAUCAGCGCCUGCUCAGGGCCAGCCGCGAUAAUGACAUUGGCGGCUUGAAGCUCGCGCUGGAGGAGGGUGCGUACCUGGAGACUCGGCGGCCUUUCGUGAUGCGGCCAAAGCCUCCCACCAGCAUGUGGGACAACGAUGCGGACUGGCCCGUGAAGAAGAAAGGGCCGAAGGAGGGCAUGACGCCUCUGAUGUACGCCUCUCUCAAUGGCUCCUUGUCCGCCGUGCACAUGCUUCUUCAGGCCAGAGCAAACGCGAUGGCCAAAGACGAGGAUGGUUUGCGGCCACUGCAUUUCGCCGCCCAAUCAGCGGCGAAAGAGGUUUGCGGCUUGCUCGUGCAAAAGAAGGCAGACGUUGCAGCCGUUGAUGACGAAGGCAAGACAGCUAUUGAAUGUUUGCCAGGCGAAGAACUCACGUCGGAGGUGCAGAAGAGGUUCUGGGAGGAACUCCUUGGCUCUGGCCCUCUGCCGCGCUCAAAGCCGCGGGAGCAGGCAGCCAAGCAGGUUGCCGCGACCCUGCCAGACCAGGACAACUUGGAGGCGGACUUGCUGUGGCUCGCAAAUGAGCCAAUCAGGAAAGCUUGACCAAACUUGAGGCACUCCGGUGAGUUCAAAGCGUUGCCAAUGGACCA